CGGUUAAACCACCGUCCCUAGUCAAAUCCCGGGGAGAUUUCUAUGUACACUAGGUAGGUCGGUAAAGUAUAAAAGUAGCCGAAGGGUCCGAACGUCGCCUUCAAGUUUGUACUCACCAUCCUCCUCCCUCUAUGAUCUAUCCGUAAAGGAUUCCCCUUCACCAUGAGGCCUACGAUCUCCCAAAUUGUCCUCGCCUUCGGGUUUGCGGGCACCGUUUGCCAGGCUCAAAACUGCCCCCUUCUCGGACCUGCGUACCCUUCGCCGACUGAUGUAGCCGCCCCAGCGUUUGUUGCCGCAAAGGCAAAGUUUGACGAAGCCAUCGCGGCGCAUCCCGACAUAGACAAGGACAAUGUGUUCUUUGCCAUCGAGGUCUAUUCUUCGCUGUCGAAAGAGAAGGGCAGCAUUCAUCGCCACUUCAACCACGCCCCGGGGCAGAAUCUGUCCAUCACUGUCGGUCCCGACACGGUCUUCCCGGUCCACAGCAUUUCCAAGGCUAUAACCGUGUACACGGUGAUCUCGAAGUUGGGGUUUGAUUACUGGCACGAACCUGUGACGAAAUUCAUCCCCGAGCUUGCGAACCAGAAGUCCCAUGAUCCCAUCCGGGACGUGGAUUGGUCUGAGGUCACGAUUGGAUCCCUGGCGAGCCAGAUCAGUGGGAUUUCCAGGGACUAUGCUUGGACUGACGUCUCUGCCACCAUGACCGAGGUGCCUGGUCUUCGCACACUGGAUGAGUCUGAAAUUAUCAAGUGUAACUUCCCCCCGUACCCGCCCUGCACUAGGGAACAGGCCAUGGCCAAUGUGCUACGGACCUAUCCCCUCGCCAAAUCCUACCGCACACCAAACUACUCCAACAUGGCGUUCCAGCUCCUCGCCUACGCUGUCGAGAACAUCACAGGAACGGCGUUCCCGGAUUUGAUAGUUGAGCAACUCGUUGAGCCCCUGGGACUGGACCGUUUCUUUGUCAAGUACCCGGGCGACAUCGAAGACGCCGUCAAGGAAUACGUCGGCUGGAACCUCGAUUUUGGCGACUUGGCCCCCAUGGGUGGAUACUACUCCUCCCUCACCGAGCUCACAGCCAUCGGCCGCUCCAUCCUCAACUCCACCCUGAUCCCGGAAUUCACCACCCGUAGGUGGCUCCGGCCCGUCACGCACGCCUCCACCCCCUACUUCUCCAUGGGCAGCCCGUGGGAGAUCAUGCGGCAGCGGGUCCCGGUCAGCACCACGCCCGAGACGACGCGGAACCGCAUCGCCGACGUCUACACCAAGCAGGGCGGCGGCGGCGAGUACACCAGCCUGCUGGGCAUGUCGCCCGACCACGAGAUCGGCAUUUCCAUCUGCACGGCGGGCCUCGUGACGAGCCCGUCCUUCCUGGCCAUUCGCCAGCUCUUCAUGGACAUCUGGCUCCCCGCCGCGGAGCAGGCCGCGCGCGACCAGGCGCUGGCCAACCUGGUGGGCACCUACACGCUCGGGGACCCCGAGGACCCGUCGACCUUCUCGACGGCCGAGAUCGCGCUGCUGCCGGACGAGCCGGCCAUCGCGCUCAUGUCGCUGGUCAGCAACGGCACCGACGUCAUGGCGCUGCUGCGCGAGAACACGCACCAGCUAGACGGGUUUGAGGGGGACAUGCGCAUGUGGUACUACCCCGUCGGCCUGGAGUCGGGCGAGGGCGACAGCAAGAAGAUGGCGUUCCGCGGUGUGGCCGGGCUGGAGGGCAAGCUGCCCAUCGAGGACUGCGGGUCGUGGGCCGAGGGCGAUCGCAUUCGCUUUGGCAACUAUCCCACGGAUAUGCUCAUCUUUGAGCUGGGCAAGGACGGCAAGGCCAAGGGCUUCGAGAUUCCUGCUUUGGGGCACACUUUGUUGCGGAAUAAGGAGUGAGGGGGGUGAUGCUCUGGGUUUGUGUGUAAGGGCCUGGAGGGGGAAUAAUAUGGGGACGGACUGCGGUUUUGGUUCUCUUCAAAGAACAACGUCUCCUCUUCGAGGGAUGUUUUUUCUUCGCUUGGACUCUUCC